CGAUAGUGCCCUCGAUGGUUUGCCGUGCUGUCAAAUUUUCUGAUGCAAUUUUCCAUUUUAUUAAAGUGAAUUAAAAGUAAAUUAAAGUUUAAAAUUAACACUUGAACAGCAAUGGACGCCGAAGACGGUUUUGACCCCACUUUGUUGAAAAAGAAGAAGAAGAAGAAGACCACCUUUGACUUGGAUGCCGCUUUGGGUCUCGAUGAUGAGGGCAAAAAAGAUGAGCCCCAGGACGAAGCUUUGGCCGAGGCCGGUGAGCCCGAGCUGGAAGAUAACUUAGAUCUGGAGAGCUUUGGUAAAAAGAAGAAAAAGAAGAAGAAGCCUUUCAACAUGGAUGAAAUCGAGGCCGCUGUGCCAACGUUUGGCUCCGAGGAUGUUGUAGCCACCGAGGAGCCCGAGGAGGAGGAGAUCAACUUGGACAUGGACUUCUCUAUGGCCACGAAGAAGAAGAAGAAGAGCAAGAAGAAGGACUUGGAUGAGUUGUUUGCCGACAAGCUGGAUGAUGACAAGGGCGACGACAAAGAAAAUGCCGAGGACAACAGUUCGACCUGGGCAGGUUCCGAUCGUGACUAUACGUAUGACGAAUUGCUAAAGCGUGUGUUCGAAAUAAUCCUGGACAAAAAUCCCGACAUGGCUGCUGGACGUAAGCCUAAGUUUGUCAUGCGACCCCCUCAGGUGUUGCGCGUGGGCACAAAGAAAACGUCUUUCGCCAAUUUCAUGGACAUUGCAAAGACGCUGCAUCGUAUGCCCAAGCAUCUGCUUGACUUUUUACUGGCCGAGUUGGGUACCAGCGGCUCUAUGGACGGUAACCAGCAGCUUAUUAUUAAGGGUCGCUUCCAGCCCAAACAGAUCGAAAACGUACUGCGUCGCUACAUUAAGGAAUACGUGACGUGCCACACCUGCCGCUCUCCCGAGACAAUAUUGCAGAAAGACACCCGCCUGUUCUUCCUCCAGUGCGAAUCCUGCGGUUCUAGAUGCUCUGUGGCCAGCAUCAAAUCAGGUUUCCAGGCUGUCACCGGCAAGCGUGCUGCCAUUCGAGCAAAAACAACAUAAAUAUUUUAUAUUUCUCUAUAUUUAAUACAUGAUUUUUUAUUGAGUAAAAAUUCAAUACAAAAGAA